AUGCCUCCUACCAUUCACUGUGUCCGGCACGGGCAGGGCGUACACAACCUGUCUCAUGACAACCACGACAUGCCCGAUCCCUCUUUGACGACGCUCGGCGAGGAGCAGUCACGAGAACUGGCCGAGAAACACGGUGGAGUGUUUGAAGGCGCUGAGCUGAUUCUCGCGUCGCCGCUCCGACGAACCAUCUCGACGGCGCUCUUGGCCUUCGAAUCCAUCCUGGAUGGCGGCAGAAAAGUGGUCGCUUGGCCAGAGCUCCAAGAGGCUAGUGAUCUGCCCUGCGAUACAGGAAGCGACGUCGCAAAGCUGCAGGUAGAGUUUGAUUCCUCCCCGGUAGAUCUAACACUCGCUGUGCCCGGAUGGGAAGUCAAGACGGCGCAAUCGGCCGCAAAUUCAACCUCUCUUCUAGCUAGAGCAGCAAAUGCCCGUGCUUGGUUGGCGAGGCGGCCUGAGAAAGAAGUCGUGCUAGUAUCCCACGGCUGCUUUCUACAUUUCCUCACUGAUGACUGGGUUGGUUCGACAUGCUCGCAUAUGACCAGCUGGAAGCAUACAGAACUUCGCUCGUACAACUUUGUCGACGGCGGCGAGCACGGCCUAUAUCUUCAAGAGACGCCAGAGUCCCGGGAACGCCGGGGACUGUCACCGCUGGAGCCGACCCUAGCCGAGCGGUUCCGGCUCCGUGACAUAGCAAUCCAAAACUGGAUCAAAUGUGGUGUCAUCUCAUAG